AUGUCAUCUUCAAUUCCUCUCCGCCAUCUCCGCCAGCUCUCCACCACCGCUAAAUCUUCAAUCUCCAUCUCACAAGCGAAGUCCAAGCUCCGAACAGAGUACGACCCUGACAAAGCCCUAGAGAUUUACUCCUCUGUCUCCGAACACUACUCGUCUCCUACCUCCUCUCGCUAUGCUCAGGACCUCACCGUUCGUCGCCUCGCCAAGUCUCAUCGCUUCGCCGACAUCGAAAAAUUCAUUGAAUCUCACAAAAAUGACCCGAAAAUCACCCAAGAGCCUUUCUUGUGCACCCUCAUCCGAUCGUACGGCCGUUCCGGCAUGUUCGACCACGCAAUGAGGACCUUUGAUCAAAUGGACCAGCUGGGUACUUCGAGAUCUUCACUAUCCUUCAAUGCUCUGUUGACUGCGUGCACCAAUUCGAAACAGUUCGAAAAAGUCCCCCAGCUGUUCGAUGAAAUUCCCAACAAGCAUGGUGUCUCCCCCGAUAAAGUGUCGUAUGGUAUAUUAAUCAAGUCGUAUUGCGAGGCUGGUAAGCCCGAGAAGGCGAUUGAGACUCUGAGGUUGAUGGAGGAGAAGGGUAUUGAGAUAACUGCAGUGACGUUCACCACAAUAUUCAAUGCUCUGUAUAAGAAAGGCAAUGGUGAAGAGGCUGAGAACUUCUGGAAUGAGAUGGUGAAGAAGGGUAUUGAGGUUGAUGCUGCCGCUUAUAAUGUUAAGAUUAUGUAUGUCCAUGGCGGGAACCCGGACAAUGUGAAAGCCUUGAUCGAAGAAAUGGCGAAUGCCGGGCUGAAACCCGACACUAUUAGUUACAAUUACUUGAUGACUUGUUAUUGCAGGAAUGAGAUGAUGGAAGAAGCUGUCAAGGUUUAUGAGGGGUUGGAGGGAAAUGCUUGUAAUCCGAAUGCUGCAACUUUUAGGACUUUGAUAUUUUAUCUGUGUAGUAGUGAGGAUUAUGAUAAGGCGUAUAAGAUUUUCAAGAGGAGUGUGGAGGUGCAUAAGAUCCCCGACUUUAAUACGAUGAGACAUUUGGUUGAAGGAUUGGUGAAGAAGAAGAAGAUGAAGGAGGCCAAGGGAUUGAUACGCACAAUUAAGAAGAAGUUCCCUCCUAAUGUUUUGGUUGCCUGGAAGAAAGUGGAGGAGGGUCUUGGUUUGACUUCUUCUGAUAGGAAUGCUUCUUCAGUUCCUGAUGACGACGAGGCUAAGGAGGCUACAGCAUAG